AUGGUAAUGAACCAACCUGACAUCGUGGUGGUGGACAAAGGGCAGAGGACAGCCGUGGUGGUGGACAAAGGGCAGAGGACAGCCGUGGUGGUGGACAAAGGGCAGAGGACAGCCGUGGUGGUGGACAAAGGGCAGAGGACAGCCGUGGUGGUGGACAAAGGGCAGAGGACAGCCGUGGUGGUGGACAAAGGGCAGAGGACAGCCGUGGUGGUGGACAAAGGGCAGAGGACAGCCGUGGUGGUGGACAAAGGGCAGAGGACAGCCGUGGUGGUGGACAAAGGGCAGAGGACAGCCGUGGUGGUAGACAAAGGGCAGAGGACAGCCGUGUUGGUGGACAAAGGACAGAGGACAGCCGUGGUGGUGGACAAAGGGCAGAGGACAGCCGUGGUGGUGGACAAAGGGCAGAGGACAGCCGUGGUGGUGGACAAAGGGCAGAGGACAGCCGUGAAGUUCUCUGACGACUCUGCCAUCAUCGGACUCAGCUCCGAGGACGAUGACACAGAGGACAGAGGAGUUAUACAGGACUUUGUGGACUGGUGUCAGCGGAACCACCUCCUCAUCAACGUGAGGAAGACCAAGGAGAUGAACCACCUCCUCAUCAACGUGAGGAAGACCAAGGAGAUGAACCACCUCCUCAUCAACGCGGGGAAGACCAAGGAGAUGAACCACCUCCUCAUCAACGUGAGGAAGACCAAGGAGAUGAACCACCUCCUCAUCAACGUGAGGAAGACCAAGGAGAUGAACCACCUCCUCAUCAACGUGAGGAAGACCAAGGAGAUGAACCACCUCCUCAUCAACGCGGGGAAGACCAAGGAGAUGAACCACCUCCUCAUCAACGUGAGGAAGACCAAGGAGAUGAACCACCUCCUCAUCAACGUGAGGAAGACCAAGGAGAUGAACCACCUCCUCAUCAACGUGAGGAAGACCAAGGAGAUGAACCACCUCCUCAUCAACGUGAGGAAGACCAAGGAGAUGAACCACCUCCUCAUCAACGUGAGGAAGACCAAGGAGAUGAACCACCUCCUCAUCAACGUGAUGAAGACCAAGGAGAUGAACCACCUCCUCAUCAACGCACCGGCUCUGGUCAGGAACAGUAAUACCUUUGUCCGGAACUUUUACCUGGAUCUCAACCUCGGGUUUGGAUCUCAGCCCUACGGAGCAGAGUAA